AAAUGUGGGGAUUUAUCUUUGCUGUCUAUGGAAAUUUAUUUGUAGAGGUGCACCCCUAGCCAUUACAAGGUAGGCCUACAGUUCACAGUCUAAAUUUUGUUUGUAGUUUCUAUUAUAGGCGUGCACAUAAUUUCAUUACAAGAUUUUAUCAGUCAUGGUUGCCACCGUUGCAUAUGUGGCCAAGGUGGGGACUGACCUUUCGUUAAUGCUCUUCAUUCAUUCGUACGUCCGCACAUAUACCAGGCAAGAUAUGGGACGGAGGGGUACUCCCUUUACCUGUCCCAUCCCUGUACGCGCUCUGGACUAUUGUUACGUAACACAUCCACCCCAGAAGUCUGUAAAGAAUUCCUGAGAUUCCGAUCAAGCAAUGACCAACACAAAGGCGGCCGGGGUUCUCUCCGUCCCAUAUCUUGCUUCAAAUGUCCGCACAGGCGGCAUGUCCGAACAGGCAGUAAGUGAGCGAAUUCAUAAAAUGUCUGGUAGGAGGUAAUUACCAUUCAGCUUUUCAACAACAGCGGCCGGUUGGGCAUUGCAUUAUUCCUUCUCCUAGCGAAGAACUUUUGUAUUGUGGUCUAUGGUCGGUUUACCAAGUUAUUAGUAGGUGGAUUUAAGCAUUAGCAAACCAUUGGUGUUCCGUGAUACAGUUGUGAUAUUGGUAGGUCUGAGAUUGGUUGUUGGCUAAUUGCCGAAUUUAACACAGGGGAAAACGUGUCGAGAAAUGUAGCUCUGUUUUGCGCACGCAUUUAUCUCAAUAUGCUAUUAGAGGAUUUCACAAUUGUCAGGAAUGUGGUUCUGCCAGACGCGUUAGGUCAUACCUGGUUCUUACGUCGAAAGCGGUUUAGAGGCAUUUCGCAUUAGCACUGUCUGCGAAUAUCCGCAUCGAAACCGAGCCUCUCUGUGUUGAACUUAAGCUUCGUCGCGCGAGCCCGCAGAGUCGACACAGUAGGGCCUCCAUGCUGUAUCUGGUUCGAAAGUGUGACGCCACUUCAACUGAAACCACGCCCACUGCACAGAUACAAGACCAUCGCAGAAUGCCUGAGACGAGGAUCUUUGCACAGGGAUUGUUAUUCACACUGACGGUCCUGAGCAUUCCUAUGGUAUCGUCCCUCAAAUCGGCAUCUCAACAAAGUGACCUAUUUGGAAUACCGGACGCUCAAUCUCAGCAACUCGUCAGUGGGCGACAAUCGAGUCCAAGCUCGGCACCACCAGCCCUGGCCGACUGCGCUUUCACGGCAGUGUGGAACAUUAAGAACUCUCAACGCUGUCAUGCCAAGUUUGGUGUUGACUUGAACUUGGCGUCGUAUGGAAUCAAGACAAACUCGUUGACAGGAAAAGGUGUCUUGGCUUAUUUCAGCCACGAGAACCUUGGACGACUGCCGUACAUCCAACACGGCAAAUUUGUCAACGGGGGGCUCCCUCAGCUUGUUAACAUGACUGCUCACCUGGAGAAGGCAGCUGGAGAUAUCCUUGCGGCUAUCCCAGAUGCAAACUACAGCGGCCUCGGUGUCAUCGACUGGGAAUUUUGGAGUCCUGCAUGGAACAAAAACAUGCACUCGGCAAAGGUGUACGUGACUGAAUCCAUAGACCUUGUGCGCCUUCGACACCCGACAUGGGACCUGGCUACCGUGGAGGCAGCGGCCAAAACUGAGUUCGAGGAGGCAGCUCGGUCUCUGUUCGAAGGUACGAUACUGCUAGCCCGUCGGCUGCGACCCAAGGCCCUGUUUGGCUUCUAUCAUUUCCCGUACUGCCAAAACCGUGAUGACGCUAGGCACUGCAAACCUUUAACGCUGGCGUCAAACGAUGAGCUGUUGUGGCUCGCUGACGCCUCAUCUGCCCUCUACCCGUCUAUUUACAUGAAGCAGAAGAACAUACGAGCAAGCAGCGCCGUCUACAUAGAAACCAUUCUCCAAGAAGCUCUACGAGUACGGAACAGCUCUAGGUCACCCACCCUGCCGAUCUACAGCUAUUGCGCUCUUAAUUACACCUUCAGUGGUUACUACCUCAACUUGGAGGACUUGCGCAACUCUAUCCUGCUGAGCGCCGAGCAAGGCCUUGCCGGUGUGGUCUUCUGGGGAGAUAACAACGACACUAGCAAUCGGGCAGCUUGCCUGGACCUCCAGGGAUACAUUAAAGCAGCCCUUGGCCCGUUGGUUCAGAAGACAACCAAGGCGGCGGCUCGGUGCUCUGCCGCCCUCUGCAGCGGCCACGGCAGGUGUGUGGGGAAGAUUCUGGAGUGUGUGCCAAAAGGAGUCCAGGCGCUAUCAAGGACGCCCUCUCGCGUCACCGGUAGCGCGAACGUGACCUUUGUCGAAAAGAUGCCUUCUGAAUGUCGAUGCCAGUGUUACGAGGGAUGGAAUGGAGAUAACUGUGAUCAUUGUACAUAAUCGAUUUUCUUUAAUGCGGGAACUGUGAUAUUGUUCGCAUUUUUGCUGAACUAUUUCCUGCGAAGUUUUAAUCCUUUCUCGAGUUGGUGCGCCAUUCUUUGCGAUUCCCAUCUGGCUAUUUUGACAUUUAAAGAUGUUAAUUGAUGAAGGACAUUUCUGUCGUAUUGACCUUAACUCAAAGGGGUAUAUGUGAAUCAUAAUGAAAUCGAAGGAUUUGAAAAUGUGCGGGUUAAGCUUAUGUGUAACUGAAAAAAUUACUAAACCGAAAUAAACACGGUUCUUGUCAUCCGUUAUUGGAAACAAUUUUGGGGGAGGGGUUUUACAGUAUAGUUGCCGAUUUUUCUAACAUUUUAUAAUUGCAUCAAUCUGUACUACGAGUGUACAAUCUUUGCACACCCACCUUUCAAUCGGUGCCAAGGUCAAGGGUUUUUUUUUUCCCUAGAUGGCAUAUGUUACCUACCCACUAUUUCCGACUUUGAUAAGCAAUAGUGCCUUCAACUUUCCCUAGCUGUUUAGGGAUAUUCAGAACCAUAGUUAUGCAAUAAGAGGAAAAGUUUGCGGACGAUACAAGUCACAUUGAUGUUUUUUUUUUAGCUAAUUAAGGGUUGUAUCAUCAUCCCCUGUUAAUUUUUAACACGCCAUCGAUCUUCAGGUAAAUUUUGUCCUGACGGAGAAAAACGCAGCCACAAAAUGGAUUUCUGAGAGACUUUCUGGAAGGCUUUUAUGUUUGAAUAUAUUAAAUGAAAAAAGAUCAGAAUUUUCAUCAUUUCUAAACCCAAAAAAAUCGUAUUUGUAUUAUACAUGCAGGAAAUAUGCCUUUCAUAUACAUGUAACUGUAGAAGUCAUGAACGUUAUUUACGCUGUUGCAAAUUACCUGAAAUCUGAAAGAUUUUCUGUUUCAUGUAUCUUGAAGCAUAAGACAAUAACCAAUAUUGUGUAAUUUAAUAUGUCUGUCGAAUCACCACUAAAGUUCCCGGGCCGAUUCAAACGUUCUGUAGAAUCAAUUGUAUAACACACAGUAAUGUACAGCACAUCAACAGCACAUUGGAGGAGGAUUAUUGAAUAAGGUGGGCGUUGUUCUGCAUUAAGGGUGCACUUUGAGUCUGAAGAAUUUUUUUCAAUACAUUUUCAAUGCAAAAAAAAUCUGUGCAAGAUUGGUUUACGUCUUCAAGUAAACUUCAUCCGAUCUUCAAAAUCGAAAAAAUAAGAUGUUUUGGUUUUGCUUUGUCAGGUUUA